CUCUGUUUUCUAUUAAUUAAUCUUUUUUUUUUCAUGCUACAUGUUCAUUUCUAUACAAAUUAAGAUCCUAUUUCCAAAAAUCCAUUCGUGUAUUUAUGGAAUCAGACCGUCUUCUCGUAUGGAUAGCGUCUUUUUGAUUUCCUACACGGAGCGGGCCGUCUAGUCUCUUUAGAAUGUUCGCAACAUUUCGUCAAUUUUGUGAGGAUGAAAGAUCCACUCAUCGCACCAGUCUUUGAAUUUCUGCUUUUCUACUGCUGUUACUGCCAGCCACCAGAUUUGAUGGAAGGCUUCCUUUUUCUAGCACGCGUUGACGGUUACGGCCAACUUCCCAGCAUGGUUUUCAUGGGUGCGGUUUCAACUUUUGGUUGCUUUCAGCCCUCUUCCAGAUUUGACGGUUGUUCUUUUUUCAAUUUGGAUUUUGGAAACUAUACUAAAGUGCUGCGGCCUGCUCAACAUUCCUUGAUAAGUGACGGGCGGAACAGCCAUUGCAAUCUACUGCGAGUACUUAUGGCAAUUAAUGAGAACGAGCAGACCCCUGCACCAAAAUUCGAAGAAACACCAGGGAGCCUCUUCUGACAUGAUUAGGUGGGUAGGUGCCAGCUAGGUAGAACUGAUUAUUAAUGGCACUCCGA